UCAUUGCACUUGGAUUUCGGCAGCUUAUCAUCGGUCAACAGAACCGAGCUGCCGAACCACGUACCAUGCCACGACUGCUGCUCCUUCUCAUGUCUGCCGCCGCAGGGCCGCUCCUUCUCGGCCUGCUGGCGCUGGCGGCGCCUCGAACUGCCGAUCCGUGCACAGCCCCGCUGCAGUGGGAGGGCAGGUGGGUCCAGUACGACCACAGUACCGGGAGGAACAGACGGGCCGCGGUCUCCUACGACGCCCAGAACCAGAGGAUCCGAGUGCUGCAGCAGCACAAGAAGCACACCCCGUGUCAGAGGUUCUUCGAAUACAUCUACCUGUACCAGAGCAUGGUGAUGUUCCAGAUCGACCAGAAGACUCUGGAGUGCUCCAAGGUGGCACUGACUGAGGCCUGGGAUCCGUUCGACAUCCCACUGAACUCCACCUUCGAGGACCAGUACCUCAUCGGGGGGCCCGGGGACAGUGUGGAGGUCCAGGAGUGGUCAGACAGGAAGCCAGCACGCAAACACGAGACCUGGGUGGGGGUCUACACCCUGAAGGACUGCUACCCGGUCCAGGAAACCUACAGCUUCAACAGCAGCCUGGUCACCUCCACGCGCUUCUUCAGCCUGCAGCUGGGCAUCAGUGACCCCAACGUCUUUACGCCACCAAGCACCUGCCAGGAGGCGCUGCCCCACCUGAUUGUCCAGUCCCACUGCUGACCCCAGAGGGAGGAGGUCUUCCUGCUCAGUGGAUUCAGACUGAGCACAUGCACUUCAGCUGGUUACCUGGGAGUCAGACCCUCGGUAAAAUCACAAUAAACAACCGGCGGAAGAAAAGUAUGAGAGGGUCAA